UCCGCCCCUGGCUCGCGUGAGCUGGGUGUUUCCUGCCUCUCUCAGUCCGGGUGUGGAGACUCCGGCGUCCUCCGGCUUUUCAUGGAAGAGAUGUCAGGAGAAAGUGUGGUGAGCUCAGCGGUGCCAGCGGCUGCCACCCGCACCACUUCCUUCAAGGGCACAAGCCCCAGCUCCAAGUAUGUGAAGCUGAACGUGGGUGGGGCCCUCUACUACACCACCAUGCAGACGCUGACCAAGCAGGACACCAUGCUGAAGGCCAUGUUCAGUGGGCGCAUGGAGGUGCUCACCGACAGUGAAGGCUGGAUCCUCAUUGACCGCUGUGGGAAGCACUUUGGUACCAUACUCAACUACCUUCGUGAUGGGGCGGUUCCCUUGCCUGAGAGCCGCCGGGAGAUGGAGGAACUGCUGGCAGAGGCCAAGUACUACCUGGUCCAGGGGCUGCUGGAGGAGUGCCAGGCGGCCCUGCAACAGAACAAAGACACGUACGAGCCUUUCUGCAAGGUUCCCGUCAUCACCUCAUCCAAGGAAGAGCAAAAGCUCAUAGCGACGUCAAAUAAGCCAGCUGUGAAGUUGCUGUACAACAGAAGUAACAACAAAUACUCGUAUACCAGCAAUUCUGAUGACAACAUGUUGAAAAACAUCGAACUGUUUGAUAAGCUGUCUCUGCGCUUUAACGGGCGGGUCCUCUUCAUAAAGGACGUCAUUGGGGAUGAAAUCUGCUGCUGGUCCUUCUACGGUCAGGGCCGCAAGAUUGCUGAAGUCUGUUGCACCUCCAUCGUCUACGCCACCGAGAAGAAACAGACCAAGGUGGAGUUCCCUGAGGCCAGAAUUUACGAGGAGACCCUGAAUAUUUUGCUGUAUGAGGCCCAGGACGGCCGGGGACCUGACAAUGCUCUCCUGGAGGCCACGGGCGGGGCCGCCGGGCGCUCCCACCAUUUGGACGAGGAUGAGGAGCGAGAGCGGGAGCGGAUUGAGCGCGUGCGACGGAUCCACAUCAAGCGCCCCGACGACCGGGCCCACCUGCACCAGUGAGCAGGCAAGCGGACCCCGCCACCCUCCCCACCCUCCCCGCCUCGCUCAGAUCCUGCCCCUGGAGUCUGCGGAUACUUUUGUAACAAACCGGAUGAUAUUUUGCUAUUUCUCGACCAGGUGACCUGAUUCUGUCUUAACCCAGGCAUCUGCACCUUUAUUGUUGAACAGCCCGUUUCUAAUGCCUCUAUUUUCCGUGAGGAAGCAGGACUCUGGGCCAGGCCCUCUGAGUUCUCGGAGGAGUGCGAGUGCGUGUGCGUGCCUGCCUGCCUGCCGUGAGAACUGUUGUCUGCAGUAUUUAUUUGUGGGUGUUCUGGCCUCCGAGUUCUUGCGGUCCGACGGUUCUGAGAGGUUCUGCAGCCGGCGAUGCCAGGCAGAGGUGUCUGGGAGCCGCCCGCUUCCUGACCUGUGACCCCCCCCCAGCCUGGCUCCUGUGCGUUGUGACCGAGCACAAAGCCCCAGAGCUGCGCUACAAGCCUGCCCUGCAGUGUGUGUGCCUGGAGCGGGCAGCAGUGGGAAUAGGACCCCAGGAGCUUCGUGCGUCCACACUGCUGUCCUGAGGGCAAAGCCUGGUAUAAGGAGCAAACCUUUCACUGCCGUGACUGGGCUCUGGUCUGGUGAUGGCUGGGCCGCGUCCUCGUCCCGCCCCAUCUGGCCCGGAGCUGAGCUCUCCCUGACGGUGAGGGCCAAACUCCCUUCCCAGCUCCGUGCUCCCUCCAGCCACGUUCCUGUUAAUCCACCCAUUCCAGGCGGAGCUCCAAACUGCUGCUCCUCCAAGGCUGCUCCUUCCCUGUUGCGCUGGGCUUACUGCCCCAAGGGGACCCCCACUCACACCACCUGCCCCCGGGGAGCCCCUUCUCGUGUUGGAGUUUUGUGCAGAAUAGAGUGGCCUCCAGGGAGCAGGUUGAGAGGGUGUGUGCAGAUACCUUUGGGUCUGGUUAGCGUUCAUGUUUGUGUCUGUUUAGGGGAUGUGUGUGACUGUGGGUGGGAUGUGUGCUCUGGGCACCGGCAGCCUGCGCUGGAGCUCGGUGUUGGCACGGUGCCGUGUCGGACGGAUGUUCUCAGUGACCUACCUCCCAGCUUCCUCUGCGCGUGCGGAGCAGCAGAAGCGCGUCGUGACUGGUAUGGGUGGUUGAGACUAGAUGAGGUAGAGCAGUUAGAGGGCCAUGUGAGUGUGAGCGUGUGCCAGGUCGUGGAUGGGUUCUGUCUGCUUCCCAAGGGAAUUGUGACUAUUUAUACCAAAGGUAUUAACGUGGGCAGCCUUUGACACCCUGUAAGGCCCAAACUGUUGAUGUGUGGAACGGUUCUUACAGCGGGGACUUUGUUGGCGCUGCCCUCCCUGUGACAAUUGGACGCCUCUAUUUUGUACCCAGCAGCAGAGCGUGCAAUCAUGACUGAAGCUGCAGAUCACUUACGGGGUAUUUGCUUUUUAACCUGUUACAGGAGAAACUUUUCUACAAGGCCAUUUGGGUUUUAUUAAGUGCUAAGGAAAGGGGGCUUACAAAACUGUUUCGUAAAUAUUUUCUACUGUUUAAGUUCUGAACACCAGCCCUGCCGUUUGGGUUGAAUUUUUGUAGAAAGUCAAAGUGGAUGUCAGUUCUGUUUUGUGUAGGAAAAGAAAAGCCAUUGUGUACAUUCUAGUUUUUCAGUGUUUGUAUCGAGAGUAAGUUUGUGGACAAUCUGAUCUGUUUGGCUUUUAUUCCUUGUGGCUUCACAUUUUGGGCAGCUCGCUCCACCUUCACGUCUCCGGUUUUUGUCUCUGGCCUCCCUGGGACGUGAACAGGUUUGUAAAACAUUCCAUGGUGAACGAUACUGCGAAGCUGCAUCUGGCCUGGUGCCGACAGCAGCCACUGGUGGCUGGUCCAAGUUCUGCAAUCCAGUGUACCGCAAAAGGAUUCGAUUCUUCUCACGCCAGCACUAAGAGCAGAAGUUACUGUUCCUAUUUAAGAGCCGUCCAAGUAAAACACUGGUCUGAGAUUUUGGUAAAGAGUAAGCUUUUAUUGCAUUGUGAUAGCUUCCAGUGAAAAAAAAAAAAAAAAAAGAAACAGCUUUUGAUCUGAUCUACACAAGUUCCGUUUGCUUGGAAUAAGUCUUCCGAUUCCUGGCUUUCGGGCUCCACCAAAGUCACCGUAGCGCAUCUUUGUGUCAUUUCCCUCUGUCCCUGCACUAGUCACUGUCUGUGUACGAGCAUCGUGGACGUAUGUAAAAUAAAAGCGACGUGCUGCUUC